AUGUUUGCCGGAGGAUUUCUGCUAAAUACACACGCUCUCGUGAACGGAGACGAAGAGCUAGCUCAUUCACUCGCCCUUGCUUCCCGCCUGGAAAUGAGCGGUUUCGCACAGGUGCCGGCCCUGCUGUCCGGUAAGCCGGUGAGAGCAAAACGCAGAGAUCCAUGGUCAUCGAGCACAACAUCACUACUCACCACUAUUUCUACCCCGCCGACCACGAUGAAACCUGAUAAAAUUUUGGAUAGCAUACAAUAUAGGAACGGUACGCGACCACAAGUUAUUAUGUGGGCAUGUAUCAGAGAUGCUGAAUUAUGCUGUGGUACAGACUGUUGUCCCGAGGACGAUGGUAUAACCGUGGACGAUAUUUCUGCAAAAAAGAUCACCACCAUCAGCAGAAGCAAUCAACCGGAUGAAAGGAGUGUGGAUGGACUGUUGCGUGAGGGGUGCGGUGGAGUGCAAGCGAUAACGAUAAGAGGAGAUCAGACGGCAAAGUGA